GUGCUGUGUCAGACGGUGACACUGUGCCUCAGCUUAUAUGUCUGUGUCCACUGGAAAUAGCCCCUUCCCAGUACGCUCUGUCUGUUCAAACUACUGUUGCAGCAAUGAGAGCAGGAUAAAUCUACGCAACCAACCUCAUCAUCAUCAGUGUUUGUAAUCCAGUCAAGUAUGGAUUUUUGACAGAGAUGGAGUCUUGAGAAGUUCCUUUGAAUAAUGGUGCUUGGAAAAGCCAUAAACAUGAGUUUGAUGGACAUAUCAAAGAUUUUCUCCAUGCUCCACCCCAAAGAGGAGGAGGAUGAGGAAGAUACUGCCGAGAGCCGGCUGCUUAACCAAUCCGUCUCCAACGAUGAUGCUGGACUCCUCGCUGAGCUGCUGUCCCAGGAGAAGUACAGGAAGUUCAUCAACAGCCGGACGGGCUGGGGGGUUCCUGGUACCCCUCUCCGGACAGCGGCAACUCAGGGCCACCUCCGGUGCCUGGAAGUCCUCCUGGCCCAUGGCGCAGAGGUAGACAGCCUGGACGUGAAGGCCCAGACCCCGCUCUUCACUGCCGUCAGCGGGAAGCACUUGGACUGCGUGGUGGCGCUCCUGAAAGCUGGGGCUGAUCCCAAUGGCAGCGUGUACAACAACUGCUCUCCAGUACUCACGGCUGCCCGUGAGGGGGAUGUGGACAUCCUGAGAGAGCUCCUCCAGCAUGGGGCUGAGGUCAAUGUCCGGCCAAAGGUACCCGAGUGGGCAACCAAUGCCACAGCCUGUACUGGCCCCCUGUACCUCUCUGCAGUUUAUGGACACCUUGACUGCUUCAAGCUGCUCCUCCUUCAUGGCAGCGAUCCAAAUUUCAACUGCAUCGAGGAGAAGAUGCUUGCCAGAAUCAAGCAGCCUAAGACCGUGCUGGAGAUGUGCCUCAGGUACGGCUGUGGUAUAGAGUAUAUCCAGCUGCUGAUAGACUUUGGGGCAAAUGUCUACCUGCCCACUCUCAUUAUAGACAAAACCACCAAGCAAAAUGAAGCCGUGCUGCUGCUACUCAAAGAAAGAGUUUGCCCCAAAUCACUGAUGUCUCAGACACGGCUGGCAAUCCGAAGCUAUCUACGUACAGCUAACAAAAUGCGUUCCAUCGAUCUUCUGGAUAUCCCCCCAGUACUGAGGAACUACCUGAAACAUGUCACAUGAUGUCACUUGCAGUAACGCUAGUAUGAGGACCUCCUCACACUUGCAAAUGACACUGAGCACAAACUACUUUCUUUCUGUUUUUCUUUGAAAUAUGUAGAUAUAUAUCAUGAUUCAUAUUUUUUGCUCUGUAGAAACCUAAACAAGCGUCCACCUCAACCUAAAUUAGUCAAUUUUUUACUCUGUUGACGGCUGGAUAUUUUCUGUCUCUGUAAAUCUCCUUCAAAGGCACAUCUGAACUUCCAACCAUCUGUUUAUGGACCAGGUACAAAUAAAUAGAUUUUCAUUCUUCAUUUUUUUUUUUUUUUUUUACCAUUUAACAGUAGAUAAUUGAUAAUAUAAUUAAAUUCCAUAUACAUUGCCAUUAAUUGAGGUUUAACCAAUCAUUGUUAGUUAUCAUGGUGGAUUAAGGGUUUUUUGAGUCACAAAAAAUGGCUUUAAUGAAAUCAUGAAGUGGAGCUGCAUGUAAUCAUGUACUGUAUUUGAGAUUAUGUAUUUUAAAUAAGAUUUUAUUGAUAUUGUAUCACUUAAAUAAAAAAAAUGCGCAGUUUUUUAUUAUUAUUUGCUGAUUAUGUUAAUUUAAUCAGACCUUUUUUCUCUGUGCAUCUCUGUAAGAAUUUUAUACUUUCUACUUAAAAAUUAUGCAAUAAUAGUUUUUCUUUUUUUUUUUUACCAAACCAGCUUUUGUGGAUGUGAAAUGUAGACAUAUCUUCACCAAUUUAUAGUAUUGAUGUUUUCAUAAAAAAAUGAGUCAGUGAAGGUAGUUUUUCCCAGACAUGAAUAUGAUGGAAAUAAACUAAGUAAGUUAAACUAGUGAAUUGAGCAAGGCAGGGCAAUUAAAUGCACAAAAAAGGCAGUUUUAAAGUCACACCACAAAGUCUGCAGAGCCUGUUAAGCAAAUCAACAGAACCUGUGAUUUCAUAUCAAGAAAACCUUAUUACUUGCUAGUAACUGUUCUUAAAUGAAAGAUCCAGACUGCAUUGUAAUUUAUAUCACUGGGUGAUUGUGUCAUUUUGAUGUUUAACAUGAAAGAAAAUUAUAUGCCUUCUUUAUCUAAUCAGUUCACCAUGCUUCUUUAUUGAAAUUACGAAGUCAACUGCCCUUGUUGGUCCAAGCUGGUCAUGUGGCCUGGACAUGGAAUAUCAAGAACUCCCGUUCAGACAGAGGUGGAUCUCGUGCCACAUAUUUGUGCUCUUAUUGGAUAAUGCAUGAAAUCAGUUGCAUGGCUCUGGUUUGAUAUUAACUCUAUAUAACAACGGGAAUCAGAUUUGUAAGUGGGCUGUAUAUUGCGUAUUCUUUUUCAUUUGCAUACUUUUCGAUUAGUGUAAGCAACUAUUUCUGGAUAUAGGCAUGUCAAUGUUCUGGGAACAAAUAUACUUAAACCGUAUAAAAAUGGCACAAAAUAUGUAUUGUCAACAAAAAACUAUACUUUUAAACUGAACAUGAAUAAUAUAUCCACGGUGUAUAAACAAAGGUGUAUACUUAAAUUUGCUGUACAUGUGCUGUUUGUACAAGCAAUCGAAGAGCUUCUAAUAAACUGUAUGAACGUAUGUUCCAUAAAACACGCUAGAAAUAAGACGAGCGUGGUUUCUCUGAGAAUGUCCCACCCACCUCAUACUAUUUGCCCCCUUGUUCCUUUCUUUUUCUCAAUUGGGUCCUCCCCCCGUCAUUCAUUUUCUGUCGCAAACGGUCCAGCCUUUGUUUGCUGGUAACAAGUAUGUACAGCUUCGACGGCUUGUUUCAACAGGAUGCAAAGAAGUAACAUGGUGUUAACUUGUAGCUUGAUGUAUUAUCAGUGAAUGAAAG